CCCGCCUCCAGUUGAUCCUUCGGUCUUCAAUCCCAGACUGAAUUCCGUCUAGUCCCCAUUCUCCCGUCAUGGUGGGUGUCACCUCCAAUGCGCCGUUCCGGCCGUCGCCCUUAUCAUUUGGCUCUCCUCGAGCAUCCCCUUUUCGCCGACCGUCUACUUCCAACUCCCCUCCGCAAGCGCGACCCAGCACUCCCGGCAGCUCCCCCGGUCGCGGAUACACGCCGGUGACAUCUCCCAGCAAGCUCAAAGAAUCCUACACGGUCGCAGAUGAGGAUGAAGUCUCCUCACCCCCUCAGCAGAACCGCAGCCCGAUCGCCCAACCGCGGUUGACACGUGAAGUGCCUCCGUCGCCCACGCGCGGGGCUGGCUCCUUGGACACCUCCCCCGUUAUGAUGGCGACCAAGGCCACGCAUAUGAUGGCGGCCUCUUCGGAUGCGGCCGCCCAGCUCUCGCCAGCUCAGUUGCGAGAGAUCCGCGAGGCCUUCCAGGUGCUAGAUCGGGACAAUGACGGCUUUGUCAACAAGGAUGAUGUUGCGGACGUCCUUGUGAACGUGGGCCAGGAUGCAUCCGCACUCUCGCAAUUCUUCCCGCCCGGGGGCCCCUCUACGAUCAAUUUCCCCACUUUCCUCAACACGCUUUCCCAACUGCUGGCCCCGUUGUCAACCCAGCAGGAACUCCUGAACGCCCUGGCGGCCUUUGAUGAGGAUGACAGUGGACAGAUCGACGUGGAGGAGCUGCGCGAUGCCCUGAUGCAUACCGCCCCGGAGGACGGCGACCGACCUCUCACCGACCGGGAGAUUCGCGACGUGCUGAAUGGGUUUACAGGCCGUCGGGCAUUCGGGGGCAAGGGCGCACGAGGGACCGGAGGGAGCAAGCGCACGGAAGUAUUCCGAUACCAGGAGUUCGUCAGUGGGCUCGUGGGUGGAACAGAGACGAACCAAUCGACACGACGCGAUGCCUGACGGGUGGAUGAAUUUCUUGUUCUUAAUUGUUUUAUUUUCGGCUCAUGGCUCAUAGCGUACGGAGACACGAAGCAUCAUAAAUACAACUGGACAGUGGCUCUGGCAGCCAUGCAGUUGUGGACGGCAUGAUUAUAUUAUCCUGCACUGCGUAAAUG